CUUCCUCUUCCUCUUCCUCCCGAAUGGCUUUCCGGAGGGUGGUGGCCGUCACCGCCGCUGCCGCUUGCGGCUUGGCGGGCGGCUCGGUCCUCUUCUCGGCCAUCCCGGUGGCCAGGCAGCCCCAGCCGCAGCCAGUGGACAAGGCCGGCUACGGCUCGGGGGACCCUCCGGAGCCUGGGCUGCCGGCCUCUCCGCCUGCUCCGCCGGGGCUGCUGCUGCUCCCUUCGCCGGCCGCCUCCUGCCCCGCCGCCUCGGCCCCGGCUUGGCUGGAGAAGGGCAACGACUGCGGCUACUGGGACAGCAACUGGGACAGGAGGGAACCAUUGGCUCUUAUGAACCUGAAGAAGAAAAACCAAGAGACUGGAGAAGAGGAAAUAUCAUCUCGCCUGUCCCAUUACAAAGCAAAAGCUACCAGACACAUAUUUCUCAUACGUCAUUCUCAAUAUAAUACAGAUGGGCACAAUGAUAGAGAGAGAAUUCUGACAAAAUUGGGCCGUGAGCAAGCGGAGUUGACAGGAAAAAGGCUUGCAAGCUUGGGACUGAAAUUUGAUAAAAUUGUACAUUCUUCUAUGACCAGAGCAACUGAAACAACCAACAUCAUCAGUGAAUAUCUUCCUGGGGUGACAAAAUUGAGCACUGACUUACUGCGUGAGGGAGCUCCAAUUGAACCAAAUCCUCCCAGCUCACAUUGGAAACCAGAAGCUGUGCAGUAUUAUGAAGAUGGGGCACGCAUUGAAGCUGCCUUCCGAAACUACAUCCAUAGAGCUGAUGUAAAGCAGGAAGAGGAUAGUUAUGAAAUCUUUGUUUGUCAUGCCAACGUCAUCCGUUACAUUGUUUGCAGAGCAUUACAGUUUCCUCCUGAAGGCUGGCUUCGGAUCUCCCUCAACAAUGGCAGCAUCACCCACUUGGUGAUCCGUCCUAGUGGCAGAGUGGCACUUCGAAUGCUUGGCGACACAGGAUUUAUGCCUCCUGAGAAAAUCACACGCAACUGAGCCUUUCUGCAACUCCCUGUAGACACUCUGCAUCAGUACAGCUGUGGUAUAGGGCUAUGGGUUGGAGGGAUAUUAAGUUUCAUAAUGCUACUCAACCAAUGCCUACUCUCCCCACAUCCCUGCUUCAUUUGUAUGUAAACAGGAGGGCUGUUCAGCCUAGAAAAAAAGAGCAUAUUUUUGGCACAAGUUGGCACAUUUCAUCAAGCAUUGCUGCAGUGUAGUUUAGGACUUGUCCGAUUCUCCUACACUGCUAUAGUAAAAGUGGAGUGCUGUGCAGCAAUAGUUGAUGGAAUGAAGAAGCUAAGAAGACGAUCUACCUAUUCAACUCAUAUUGAGGAUACUGUUUGGCUAACAUGGAAGCACCUGUGGCUUCUAACCAAAGCAUAUUCCUGUGUGUGGAGGGUUUUUCCCCCCCUCCUCCUGUAGGAAUAGGAUAAAGAAUUGUUUUCCGAGCUUAUGGUACUUUAUUUCAUCAGAAAUACAAACAAUGCAUAUUUGUGUAGAACUGGGGUGGGAAGUAUAUCUCCCUCUAGGCAUUGAACUACACAUUACAGCAGCCAUAGCCAGCGAAGAGGAAUGCUGGAGAUUGCACUCCCAAUGUCAUCUGGAAGGUUGCAUGAUUCCUACCCUCAGUGCAGAAGGAGCAGCACUGUGUUGCAUCCCAAGUGUGAGGGAGUUCAAUCUUAGGCUUUUGCUCUUGUACAGCUGUGAUCUAAAUCCAGCAGGAUGGGAACUGGAAAUUGCACCUUUUAAUGUCAAGCAAAAAGCUAGUGGUGAUGCAGCUGUUCUCUCAGUAGUAUCUAAGAUGGUGAGAGACUUUUUCUGGACACAGAAGUUGCUUCUCACUAAUGUAAGACUAACUCAACCACUCUUGUGUAUCUGUGCCAUUAUUAACUGUUAGAACUAACUUCUGUUUUUGUCACCCUCUCCCUGGGAGAAGAAAUAUCUGGGGAUGCUUAGGUGCGAAUUUAAAUGAAUUUACAAGUGGGGCGCCUCUGAACAGAGACUAUUCUGUACUCAAGGGAAAUUGUGGCAGUAUGUUUUUUCAAUUAAUACAUAAAAUAAGUUAUCCCUAUGGUUAUGAAAAAGUUAUGUAAAAAUAAAUGUUUUGACUUUCA